CUUUUACCCGCAAAUCCUGACUGGCACCUCCCAGUGCCAAUCUCCCACACAGCGCCGUGCCGUGCCACGCAGGGGCACGGCCAGCGGGACCCCGCGGAGCUGAACCCGGCUGCUCGCUGCUGAGGCCUCCACGUGCUGUUCCCCGGGGAACGCGACAAAAAACAAACGCCAGUUAGAACCCUGAGGCGAACGCAGAAGGAAACGCCGCGGACCUACCGCUCCCUGCCCCGGGGUGACCCAGCCUGCCUGCCUGCCUGCUUGCCCGGCGAAUUAGAGAAUAAAGAUGGGGACUCCUGGAUCAGGACGGAAGAGAACUCCAGUGAAAGACAGGUUUUCUGCAGAAGAUGAAGCUCUGAGUAGCAUUGCCAGAGAGGCUGAAGCCAGACUUGCAGCAAAACGGGCAGCUCGAGCAGAAGCAAGAGAUAUACGUAUGCGAGAGCUGGAGCGACAGCAAAAAGAGCUGGAAGAAAAGAGUGAAAAAUCACAUUCAGAAAUUUUUUCAAGGCCAUCGUCUCGCAAUUCAAUUCCGCUGAGUGGCAGCUCAUCGAGGAGAGGAAGUGGAGAUACAAGCAGUUUAUUGGAUCCUGAUGCCUCCCUCAGUGAAUUACGGGAUAUCUAUGAUCUUAAGGACCAGAUACACGAUGUAGAGGGGAGAUACAUGCAGGGACUUAAAGAACUAAAGGAUUCGCUAGCUGAAGUUGAAGAGAAGUACAAGAAAGCUAUGGUUUCCAAUGCUCAACUAGACAAUGAGAAAAACAACUUGGUGUACCAAGUGGAUACUCUAAAGGAUGUCAUUGAAGAGAAAGAAGAGCAAAUAGCUGAGUACCACAGGGAAAAUGAAGAGAAGACAAAGGAAUUGGAAAGACAGAAACACACAUGCAGUGUUCUACAGCAUAAGCUGGAUGAACUUAAAGAGGGCCUUCGACAGAGAGAUGAAUUGAUAGAGGAGAAUCAACGCAUGCAGCAGAAUAUAGAUUGCAUAACCAAAGAGGUGUUUGAGCUCCAGGAGACAAUUAAUUGGAAAGAUAAAAAAAUAGGGGCCCUAGAAAGACAGAAAGAUUACUUUGACUGCAUUAAGAAUGAGCGAGAUGAGCUCAGAGAGGAGUUGGCUGACCUGAAGGAAACAAUGAAGAGAGGAGAGAAACAUGGAUUAGUUAUAAUCCCAGAUGGCACACCAAAUGGUGAUAUAAACCAUGAAUCAGCAGUUGGUGCAAUAACAGUUGUAUCACAGGAAGCUGCUCAAGUCUUGGAAUCUGCAGGAGAAGGACCACUAGAUGUCCGGCUACGAAAAUUGGCUGGAGAAAAGGAAGAAUUAUUGUCCCAGGUUAGAAAACUGAAGAUGCAGUUGGAAGAAGAAAGACAGAAAUACUCUAAAAGUGAUGGAAUGAAUCCAGACAUAGUAGGCUUAGAGAAUGGCUCUGACUUGCAACUAAUUGAAAUGCAGAGAGAUGCCAACAGACAAAUUAGUGAAUACAAGUUUAGACUUUCAAAAGCUGAACAAGAUAUAACCACCUUGGAACAAAAUAUUGGACGGCUGGAAGGACAGGUUGCAAGGUAUAAAAAUGCCGCAGAAAAUGCAGAAAAAGUGGAAGAUGAACUCAAAGCUGAAAGGAGGAAGCUUCAGCGAGAGUUGAGAACAGCACUGGAUAAGAUAGAAGAGAUGGAGAUGACCAAUAGCCACUUAAUGAAAAGGCUGGAGAAGAUGAAGGCAAAUAGGAAUGCGCUUCUAUCUCAACAGUGAAGUGGAAAUUGAAAAUACAAUGCACUGCUCCUUGAAUAACUAGCCCCUAGCUCGUUUUUAAAUACAGACUUUCAUUGGCACACACUAUUUGAACACAGAGUUGUUCAGUGGUGUUUUAGUUUCAUAAUUAAAUGACAUACUUCUUUUUGUAACUUAUGAGAAAAUGAAAUGUAGUUUGAAUUCCCUUGUGAAUAACAGCAAUUUUUCUGUAGCAUUGAAUUCUAGAGUCAAAGCUAGAGCACAAUGCUGUUUUUCGACCUAGUGAUAGAAAACAUUUUCACAACUGCGGAAUCAAGUUUACUCACGAUCUCUUCUGGCUGCUUUAAUGAUGCUUGAUGCUCAGAGACAACUGCAUGAAUUCAAGAAGACACUGUAUUACUGUAUUAUAAACUUAACAUACGUUUGCUCAAGACAUCACACAGCACAAGUGCCUUUUAUCUGGUGCAAUUUAGACUUCAUUGUUGAAAUAACCCUUGAAAUCCAGAUAACAUUUUAUUUUAAGAUACAUUUGGCGUGUUCACUGAACUUUAUACAUUUUGAAAAUGCAUUUUUGUAAAAUAUUUAAAUUUAUAAGAAAAUAGGGACUGUAUAUAAAAAUCUGCUUUUUUUUUUUGCAUGGGCACAUCUGAGUUCUUGAUAAUUUUGUCAAAUACUAGCCCUUGAUGCUCUUAGUUUAAGAGUCGAUUUUGAAACUUUUGUUGUACACCGUCAAUUUGUCAUCUGCUGCUUAAAUGGGAAUUGAAAUUUUAGGGUGGGAGGAAGAGUUGGGAAAUGUGGCUAAGGAGUUUAUUAAACGGACACUUUACUGACCAAAGGCAGAUGCUUUGUGUUUUCUUUAAAAUGCUGAGGUUCCAACAGAAUAAAGUCUUCACAGAACAGUGAA